AUGAGGGAAAACUGUAUUGUCAGAGUGUCUUCGUCAAGAAAGUGCCACUCUGUCGGAAGGCCAAUAUUAAGGGAGUGCUGCACUGUCACAGGAUCAAUAUUAGGGGUGUGCUGCACUAACAGAGGGUCAGUGUUGAUUGAAUGCUUGACUGUUGCAGAGCCAGGACUGAGGGAAUCCUGCAUCGUUACGGUGUCAUCGUUGAGGGAGUGCUGCACUGUUGAAGGGCCGAUAGUAAGGGAGUGUGACACUGUCAGAGUGUCAUUACCAAAGGUGGGCUACAGUAUCAAAGGUACCACGCUGAGUAUUGUUAUCCCGAUAGUUCUUUCGUCUCAGUCCGUGUGUAUUCCCGGGCGAAUGUGCUCGUGUGGUCUCAGGAGUUGCGGAGGUCACGGCUCUGGGACAGCCGUUUCAUCGCCCUAUGCUGCAGAACCUACCCCGGAAGAGAGAGCCCAGAGAAUUGCCAAAGCUGUCCGCAAACAGUCAACAGAAGUGAAGGAAAAUUGGGAGCAAUUGAAAACCCGUGCGAGCAACUGGCAGAAACAGGUGGAAAAGGCGUUGGAGAAACUUCAAGAACUGCAGAAAGCGCUGGAUGAUCUUGAGGCUCAUGUGAUAACAGCUGAGGGUGUCCACACUGAUUGGCAACCUGUGGGUGACCUGCUUAUUGACUCAUUGCAGGAUCACAUUGAUAAAACCACAGGUUAAAGGUAAAGUCUGAGCACGCCAUUUGGCGACUCCUUAGAGAGAGACAACUGGUUAUGAUUUAACCUGAAGAUCACCAUGCCUCAGUCAAGUAGAGCGGUUGAGGCGAAGACCCUUUGUGGUAAGCUCACUGGUAUGGCAAUUGAGCCCUCUCUGCAGGGCAUCACUCUGCAUCACAAACCAACUGAAUUUGAAUAGAGUUUAGGAUUGGAGAGCAAUCCAUGCAAUUAUUUUUUUUAAUGAAUGUUUCUCACUGGGACUCUCUCACUGGCAAACAUUUUAAAAGCCAGCUCAGCCAUACAGGCGAGAUCAGUUCCUGAUCUCAGCUGAAUUUUUUGACCUGGGGUGGGUCAGCGUUAGGAGUUCAGUGAUUGGAAUGAAUUCUCAUUAAGUUAGCGAGAGGGAUACUACACGUGAAUAGAUCGAUGUUUUGAGAAGAGGAUGAGAUAUGAGCCAAAGUUUAAUUGAUGUGGAAGACCAGCCACAAUCAUCAUCGACGGUGGAGCAGGCUUGAGCGGCCAUGCAACAUUGUGCUGCCGCUAUUUGACUUGUUCUGUGGAAAGGAAGGAAAAUGGUCCAAGUGUCAAAAAUGAUGAAGACCAUAUCAUUCUACAACCUCAAAAUUUGAUUGUGUUCAGCAUAUUAUCACUCCUGGUACCCCUAAAUCCUGGUCUAUCAUCUCAGCAGCUCGACUCUGCCCAUAAGCUGGUUACUUGUGACAUUUUUGAGGGAUCUUCCCAAGUCUGAAAAUCAUUUUUGUUUUUGUAGAAUCAGAGUUGGCCCGUGUGGAAGGAGGUCAUUUGGCAUAUCAUAGCUCUUUGAAGUAACUCCCCAAUUCGUCCCCCUCUGCUUGGCAAUGACUUGAACCACUUAUAAAAUCUCUUUAAUGGAGGGAAACUUUGAAGGCGUCUGAAAGGAGUAUUCACGAUCCCAGAAUACAACUGAGCCUUAUUAAGUUGUUAGUUCUGACGAUCAAGAGCUUGAUGAAAGAGGAUUGUUUUAAAAAGUGCCUUAGAAGAGGAAACGUCCAGAGGCUAAGAGGUGUAGGAAGUUAGCGAGUUUUGAGAAGAUUUGUUGCUCGGGUUGAGGGUCGGGAUGUGAGUUUGCUCGCUGAAGGUGUAGGAAGUCUCUUCUUGGGUUUGAAGCCGACACAAUUAAAUGUUUGGCAACUAGUAGUGGGCCCUUUAAAAUCAAGAGUGGGCAAGAGGACAUAAUUAGACGAGUGCAGAUAUCCUGAAGUAUAGUUGGACUGGUGGAGAUUACGAAAAUAGCGAUAGGCGUAGCCAAGGAACGAUUUGGAAACAAAAAUGAGAAUUUAAUAAAAUUACUGUUAAUAGUAUCAGUCAGGUAGAAAGUACAGAGAAGAGGAUUUGGUUCAAGGUGAGACUCGGGCAGUGGAGUUUUAGACGACGUCAAGUUUUCAAUGGGCAAAUGUGGGACUCCAACAGGGAAUGCAUUGGAAUUGUCAGGUCCAGAAGUGAAGUAGUUCCAGAUGAAGGUUUCACUGCUAAUGAGCCAAGACAAGAGACAGGUAGGCAGGAUUGAAAAGAUGUAAAGAGACAGCUUCAGGGAUUGCAUGAAUGUGUGGUCGGACGUUCAUCAUGGGAUAAACAAGAUGCCAAGGUUGUGCUGAGACAAGCGUAAUAUUACAUUGUUGCCAAGGCGGAGUAAUGCAAUCAGUAGGUAGUGAAUAGAGAUUGGUGUGGGGACCACAAAGUGGUCUUCCCAGUUUUAAAUUGUUAUCUCUACAUAGUUGCGCAACUUUAUGUUCUGUUCAAAAGGCAUUACUGACAAGGAAACAGAAGUUAGCCAUUUGUUUACUUGUCAAUAUAUCUUGAUUUUUCCACCAUCUUCUCCAAUUAUUAACACAACAUGUGCACUGUACGAACUGAACCGUUCAAACCUUAAAAGGAAAUGUUAAAAUUGUGGAAUAUAAAGUUAAAUUUAUUUUAUUGAAAAUUUAAAUAAAUUACAUGAAGGUUUGACCAAGACUGCAAGGAAUUAGAUGGAACACCAGAUGAAUAAAACAAGCAGUGGUAAGGUGGUAUUAGCUGGAUGUUCCUGAAGAAAGAGAACACAGCCAACCUUUCUUCCAUAAGGGGGAUUAAUUGUGUGGUGUCAGACACAGUCGAUUCAAUCAUUCCUUCUGUCUUUACUGUCUGACUAUACUAUGGUUGUAAUAUUUCCUUUUUUAAAUGCUCAAGGUUAGACAUACUUCACUUGACAUUCUCAUUUUAUAAAUUUUAAGAAGUUGACUUAUUGUCAAGUCACGGUAGGAUUGAAAACACAUUCUACAAGUGUUUGAAGUCAGAAGUCACAUGA